GUUGUCAACUUCGACACGGCUUCUCCCGACCGUGCUGCUUUUGGUCUCGUCGUUCGCGCCAGCUCUGAGGCCGACGAUCGGGUUUAUGCCUAUUGUCUCGCGGCGAGUUUCGCCGCUUCUGCAGCUGUAGCUGCUGGUCGCUGUCCGGAACCCGUGGAGUCAGCAAUGGCAGCCGCCGCUGCCUCCAGUCGUGCGGAGUCUGUGGGCAACACGAACAGCACCACUGCCAGUACAGCAACAUUGCCCGGUAACAACAUCCUGAAUAACUCCAACAACAAUGGCACCAGCUGUAUUACUACUACAACUACCACCAGUGCGAACAACCCUAGCGCCGGUACGAACAGUGCCUAUGCUCAUGUGGCCACGUUACAGGCCUGUGUGGACGAGGCGAAACGGGCAUUCUUAAACAAACUCUGUCAUCACAUUAUCCAAGUCUCUUGUCUGACCAAUAGUCCGGACGAACUCUUAGUCGACGUCGAACCGGAAGAAUUACUCGGGUUCGAUUUGGAACAAGUGUUCAAUGCCACUGCAGUUGCUCUCAAGUCGAAAAAAUUUGGACGACAGCUGACACGAAACAUCUCGAUCAAAACAUCCCGGCGUCUUGUGGUCUCUGCCAAACGGGGAACCGGGCCGGCAAGCACACCGGGUCACGUGCCUGUGAAUCCGUGGUCCCAACAGUUACCGUGUCCCAGCGACACACGACUCGGCGGCUCUGCAGCCAGUCUGAUAACCAGUCCACGUCGCUCGGUUUUGGGCAGUUUGCUUGGGAAUCGUGCACAGCCUGUAGAUACGACAACCACAUUCGCUGCACCAGCCAAUCCACAUGAAUUGGGUCGAUACGCAAGCACUCCACUUCGCGAGUCCCGUCCCGGCCGGUCUACCUGUCCGCCUCCCACACCCACAGCUGACCAGGNAUGGCCAUGCUCAAUCUGAAAUCCUGCCACUGACAGUAUGACUUCUUUGCGAUCUCUGCGCUCCGCAACCACGAGUAGAAACUCUUUGAGUCGCGUACGGGCCUUUCCGUUCGGGCGCAGCUCAGUACUCACGCCUAGCGGUCGUUCACACGCAGAUCGUUUCGAACCGAUGGGCGGUCAACGAAAAAGUGUUUGUCAAUCUGUCCUGGCUGGGUUGAAAAACUUCCGCCGGUCCAUUGCUGGGGCUGGAAGUGCCUUGUUGCACGGCAAUACAACAGCAAGUCCGUUUGUUUCGCGACAAGGUCGUUCUGUAACCCGCACAAUGACUCCCUCCGGUCUGACUGCCGCUCCACCAACUCUACUGAAUCGCAGUGCCAGCGUAGAUGCCGGUCCUGGUGUUCUGCUCAGUGCGGCAGCCGCUGCGGCCUCACCGUUAACCUCAGCACCCGGAGAGUUUCGCCUAUCCGGACUAAGUCUGAAUCGACCACAACCACCAGCCCCAGCUCCGUUAGCGGAGACCGAAUUCGAACGAGAUUUGGACGGGGACUCACUAACCCCACCGCCUCCGUCGUUCCCACUCUCAGCCACACAAUCAUUCUGUUCCGCUACGAAGACGCGUGUGCGGUGUUCCGUAUCCGUUCCUUUGGCUGCUAUUCCACUCAGGGGUAGUGUUAGCGCAUCACCACAUGUUCACCAGGUUUUCCCACGCAGUAUGACUGCAACAGUUGGUCCUCAAGGAUCGGUUCUGGUAAGCUACUUGCUUCGUGCUGGUGAGUUGUCCGAGCUGGAAGUGUUGUUCGCAGACGUUUCGUAA